GGAAACGGAUAACGGUUCUGGGAAAUGAAAACUCAAAAUCAAAACAUCAAAUAGCAGAAGUACAGUUAGAAGCAAAGCUAUGAAUCUUAGCACCACCGCCCCUACCUUUUUACGGCAACCGCACAUAAUCCGCCAUCGCUACUCUUCUUCUUCUUCUUCUUACUUCGGCUUCAGUAAAAAGGAGAACUACAAACGGUGUCGCUUCAUAGCCCUUGCUUCUUUUUCCUCUUCUUCAUACUCGUUGCCGGAGCUGGAACUCCCGCUUCUUCCCUUUCCCAAGGACCAAGUACUUGUUCCAUCUGAGGCUAAGAAGCUUCAUUUGCAUGAAGCUAGAUAUCUAGCUCUACUGGAGGAGUCCUUGUUUCAGAACAAAAGCUUGUUUGUGCAUUUCGUGUUGGAUCCCAUUGCUGUUAAUGAGACACUGAGAGAAGCAUCAUUUGCAGCUCGGCAUGGUUGCUUGGUCUCCAUUGAGAAAGUUGAGCAGCUGGAUGUUGGUGCUUUAGUGUUCAUAAGGGGCAUAGGUCGUGUCAAGAUUGUAAAAUUUGCACAGGAAGAACCUUUUUUGCGCGGUGCUGUCGUACCAGUAAAGGAUCGCAUACUCCAUGAAGCCACAGAGUUAAAUCCAAAAGUACUUCAACUGAAAGAAGCUAUUCAAAAUUUGAAUAGCUUGGAGAUAAAAUUGAAGGCUCCUGAGGAGGCCUUGUUGCAGACUCAGACAGCAAACUCUUUAAACUGGGCUGAAAAGGCACCAGGGUUAGAUUGUGAUGAAAGUUUUGUUCCCUCCCUCGCUGAGCGCAUUUCUUUUGCUGCUUAUCAACCUGUUUCAGGAUCAAUGCAGUCAGAAUUGACAAAAUUGCAGGAAGAGAAGUUAAAAGCUAUGGACGGCAAAGAUACCCUGGAAAGAUUAAGGAACUCUCUGGAAUUUGUUAAUAACAAUAUUUCUGUGGUUGCUGCCAAACUCGCUCUUCAAUCCUUAAAGGGGCAGUGAGCAGGAAGUGACUAAAUUCUCACUUUAUGGAUUGUUUGAGAAAAACAAUCAAGAUUCUUAGAUAUUGUGUAAAUUGGUUUGGCACGUGAAAUGACAUGGUUUCAAGUCAUUCUAGUGGGUACUGAAACCUAGUCGCUAAAGGCAGUUCCUGGGAUAUUGUACAAAAGCAGGAAAUGGACCGUGUCAUCCUGUAGCUGCCACAGAAGUGGGAUAACAAUAUGCAGCGACUUCAACUGCAGAUCCAAGAUCUUGAGCUUUUGACAUGGUCGUGGUACAUAACUUCUACAGAAGCAAUUAAUAAACCUCAAUGAACUUCGUACAAGGAUGCUAAAAUGUUAAAUUUGUUGGAUUACCUUGCUCUUUUCGUUUAUCAGAACUUUGCUUGAAGUGUUCUCCAUGCUCGGCUAGAGGUUAUUGGAGAAUCCUGCAUUCAAGUUGCUCCUUUUGUACUUCAUCAGCAAUGUUGUUGUUUGGAUAUAAUUGCCAGAUGUUUAGUCUUUGAUUCUUGGAAUCCUCGUUUCUAUCAUGGACUAACAGAAAACUGAAGCAAAAUUUGUAGUAAAUUUACCAUUUGAGCUUUGGAUAUUGGAGUUUAUUGCCUUCAAUCAGUCUUAAGGAUUUGCC